UAUUUCCUGUUCAUUUCUAGCAGAUGAUGGUUCGAAGAUCGUUGUGAGAGUAGGUAGAGAAGAUGAUAAAAUCGAUAGGAGACUUAACACCGGGUCUGGGAUGACAUGGGGGAGAGAAAAGACGUUGACAACACCCUCAGAAGCCAGGUGGACGGGUACGGUUUUGACAGGAGUCACGACCCUAACUCAGAUGCUUACGAUGAUUUCAUGGCAAGUUAUCUCCCUGUACUGGCUCGGAGAGAGUCACGCUGGAAGUCAUUAGUGUCCAAGGGAGGGGAUAUCGCUAAGAAUAGGAAAGUUAAGAGGUUUUGUAGGAAGGGAAUUCCAAAUGAACAUAGAAAAUAUGUCUGGAUGUUUCUGAGUGGAGCAGAGGAAAAAAAGAGGAUGAACCCUAAAACAUAUAAAUUACUGCUACUGGGUGAAAAGGACACAACUGUAGUAGAAACUAUAGCUCUAGAUUUACACAGGACGUUUCCUGAGAAUAUAUACUUCUCUACCAAGGAUGGUCUACGUAACUCCCUCAGUAACGUCCUGAUAGCUGUAUCACAUCAUAACCCAGACAAAGGGUAUUGUCAGGGACUUAAUUUCAUAGCUGGAUUGUUGCUCCUCAUUGUUAAGGAUGAAGAGAGCGUGUUCUGGCUGAUGGAUUGCCUGAUGAAUAAAAUAUUACCAGAUUUUUAUUCCCCUGGUAUGGAAGCAGUCAAGGCAGAACAAGAGUUGUUAGGAGAAAUCAUUAAAUGGAAGGACCCUGCUUUAUAUCAACACAUGGAGACAGUGGGAGUCCACUGGUGUCUUGUGGGAACAAAGUGGUUCAUGUGUCUAUUUGCUGAUGUGCUGCCCACAGAGACUGUUCUACGUAUUUGGGACUGUAUGUUUUAUGAGGGCAGUAAAGUUCUACUACGGGUGUCAGCCAUGUUAAUCCUUCAGAAUAAAGAACGCCUAAUGGCCUGUGAUAACUUCACGUCAAUGGUGAAUGAGCUACAGUCCAUCAUCAAAAAUCCACAGAGUCUGAACUGUCACAAGUUAAUGAAGCACUGUUUUAAGAGACUGGGUUCGUUUCCUCAUUCUCGGAUUGAGAAGAUGCGGCUGGAGUGUUUGGCUAGAGUCGGGGACUGAUGUCUACAGAAGUAGAGACCUCAGGCGUCCCUCACUGUCUCUCAGAAAAGCCUUCAUAUCAUCUCAUCUGGAAUAAUCAAGAAAGGCAUUGGAAUUAAUAUAAAGAUU